CCUGCUGAAGUUUGGUUCCACUCAAAAAGAGGAUGUAAGCUGUAAUGGACUGCAGUGGUCAUUCCUGUGGGACUGGAUCAGAAAACCACCAGGAGGAUGUGAACAUGAACACUUCCCCCACCGGCUAACUGUCUGUUCUGCAUGUUCUGUCAUGUUCUGCCACAGCUUCACGUUGUCUUUUCCCUCGAUCGUUUUUCUUUACCCUUGCACCGAUCUCCUUUGUCCACACACCGUCCUGCUGCACGACUCAGACAUCAGAGGAAAUCAGCUCCUCUCCAGAACCGCAGAGAACCACAGAGGGUUGUUUCUGCUCCUUCAGUGGAAGCAGAGAGUUCUAGGAAGGAGAAAAGAGAAUAAAGGAGAGCCAGGCUCGGACUGAAAGGAGGAGCCUGGAGGAAAACUGACAGUGGAAGGGAGGGGCACGGGGAGGUUUAACAGAUGAGUUCUUCUUUUGCUUGAGACAAACAGGAAAAGCUGGUGGAACUUUGUGGACUGUUUCGCCGACCGACAACAUGGAUAACUUCCAAACCGUCCUCAAGUUCAUCAUGAAUCAGAAAUCCACUAUUGGCUACAGCUUCAUGGCACUCAUGACCAUUGGUGGGGAGCGAGUCUUCACCUUGGUCGCCUUUCAGUGCCCGUGCAACCGGGAGCAGAACUUUGCGUACGGGAUGACGUUUCUGCUGGGCCCGGCCGUGGUGCUGUUUGUUUUCGGGCUGUUCUUCAGCACCAGGUUGUGGAGGCUCUACACGGGCUGCUGCCUGAACCCGAUGAAGCUGUGUCCCCGGGGGAACUGCUGCGGAUGCUCCAGGGUCCUGAUCAGCAUCCUCACGGGGGCCUGUGUGGCCCCCGUCAUGUGGCUCUCUGUGGCCCUGCUCAACGGGACGUUCUACGAGUGUGGCAUCAGCGGUCUGGACAAUAACCUGGUGGUGGACCUGUUCUGUAAAAACAAGACCCUGAAGUGCCGGGAGGAGCUGGCCCGAGUGCCCUGCGACCGCUCCAAGCUGUCCCCUGAUGAGCGCAUGGAUCUGCUGCUGAUGUUCAGAGCUCAGUCUCAAAUCCUGGGCUGGAGUAUUAUCAUCGUUGCCGCCGCUGUGGGCCUUCUGGGAACCUGCUACAAGAACUGUCGCUCCAAAGUCAGCUACCUCCAGCUCACGUUCUGGAAGCGCUACAUGGAAAAGGAGAAGGAGUGCUUUGAUGCCUUUGCAGAAGAAUAUGCAACCAAACUGGCGAAGAGGAACCUGGAAAGUUUCUUUGAGAACAAAGAGCCUGUCCCCAUGCCGUUCCCCAACCACAGGGCCUGGGAGGAGAUCUCUGCCUACUACUCGUUUUCCAGGAGCGAACAGUGCUACAGCAUCUUACAGCGUUACGUGGAGAGGCCAGACAGGAACUACCUCCUAGAGAAGACUCCAGUCCUGGAUCCAGAGCGUGGAACAGAGAUAAACUGAACAACAUUUUAUUGACAAAAAAAAGCACCUCUAAAUGUUCAGGUUGCACUUCCAGUUAGUCUGAAAAUCACUUAAUUUGUAACUGUGUAGCUCUAAACUAAUGAAAAACUCAACAUUGUGUAAAGGAAUGCACAUCAGCCUUUUAUUCASAGUUUUAUUUUAGGAUUAUCUUUUGAUGUUUUUCGGUCAGACCUUGGACAUAACAUUUUAGAUGAUUUUGUGUAAUAUUUUGAUAUCUCACUSUUUGUUUCAGAAUGACUCUUAGCUACUGUCAAACCUUUUAGUGUCAAAUUCACWGCUGAUUAGCUGCAGUUACUGUCUUACAUUGGAUCAACGCCAKAUUUUAAUCAGUUUGAGAUCUGCGUACAGGAAGAACUUUCUGAGAGUUCAUUCAAACCCAUCCACUGGUUUGUGAAAUAUUUUGCUAAUCGUUUUAAAUCAAACUAUUAUUGCCAAUUUUUUUUACCUAAAGGUGUUGCUUAAUGUGUUUCACUCAAAGUAAUGUGUUGCUCAGCUACUACCAUAUUAACCCUGAAAAGGUCUCAGAGGAAAAAUCAGCCAUAGAUUUAUCUGUUUUUAUUUAUUUAUGUUGAUUGGUGCUGCCUUAUCCUGACAGUAACUUUACUUUACUUUACUUUACUUUACUUUACUUUACUGUUCAUCAGGGGCAAAAUGGACCCUAUUGAAAUCUAUGUAAAUUUUAGGUUUUUUUAAUCUCAUAUACAUCAUAUAAGAUAUUGCAUUUCUUUAGUAAGGUUUUAUUAUUUUGCUUUUCUCUAUAUAUUUAUAUAUUUUUAUUGGCUCACUGUGUGAUGCUUUGCAUUUUACACUUUGAAGCCUCUGUAAAAAUCAGAGAUGGCCUUCAGCUCAUCCUGGUGUUUUCCAGCUGAGCGUUGCUGUUGAGUUCUAUCUCAUCUUGUCUGACAAAAUAGUUGUCAAAAGAAAAGUCAUUAAAUAUAUUUAUAUUCCAGGCAGAGACAGCUCUAAAGUAUGGGCUUGUUCAUUGUGCGGAAAAAAAUGGAAUAGUAUUUAAUGCAUUUUUGUAAUUUGGUCGAUUUUCUCCCCAACAAACACUUCUUAUUGUAAAGUUAAAUAAACUUUUGUGGGUUAUUUUUUUCUAAACAUUUGUAAAACUGAUUGAGUUAAAGACAUUAUGUUUUAGUCUUGUGACUCAUACCUGUGAGGUGGCACAGAUAACUUCCACACCACAGUGCAUACAUCCAGUCUGUUUAUAAUCACUUACUAUGCAUUUUUAUGUUCUUUUAUACUGWAUGUUUUGCAUUGGAAUUUUUUUUUACAGUUUUGUCACCUCAUUGAAGCCAACAGUCUGUUUGUUGUUUCUAUUUAAAGUCGACGUAUGAUGCU